UAUUGAUAUUUCUAUACUACGUUUAUUACACGACUUAUAUUACAACCCAACGUAUGUUUUUAUUACCCGACGUUCUUUAUUACCUGACGUAUAUCACAACCCAACAUAUGUUUUUAUUAACCGACGUAUGCUAUUAUCCGACGUAUAUUACAACACAACGUAUGUCUUUAUUAACCGACGUAUGCUAUUACCCGACGUAUGUUACAACCCAAUGUAUGUUUUUAUUAACCGGCGUAUGUUAUUACCCGACGUAUAUUACAACCCAACGUAUGUUUUUAUUACCCGACAUAUGUUAUUACCUGACGUAUAUCACAACCCAACGUAUGUUUUUAUUAACCGACGUAUGCUAUUACCCGACGUAUAUUACAACCCAACAUAUGUCUUUAUUACCCGACGUAUGUUACAACCCAAUGUAUGUUUUUAUUAACCGACGUAUGCUAUUACCCGACGUAUAUUACAACCCAACGUAUGUUUUAUUACCCGACGUAUGUUAUUACCCGACGUAUAUUACAACCCAACGUAUGUUUUUAUUACCCGAAGUAUGUGACGUAUGUUUUUAUUACCCGACGUAUGUUAUUAUCCGACGUAUAUUACAACCCAACGUAUGUAAUUAUUACCCGACGUAUGGUAUAACCCGAUGUAUAUUACAACCCAACGUAUGCUAUUAUUACCCGACGUAUGUUAUUACCUGGCAUCUACUGAAACCCAUUGUCUUCAUAACUAACUUGAUCCCAGUUAGUCCCAGCUCUUUCAGCGUGGACAUCAGGAGCGGAAAGUCGCUCUUAUCAAUAUUCUUAAAGCGUCCCACCACUAGCACAGUACUGCUAGAAUUCUUAACUGGUUGAGACCUGAAAGUCAGAGAGAGCAAAUGUGAGGCACAAAUUGAAUGUUUUAUUCUUACAAAGAAGUCGGUUUGCGGUCGUACCCCUUUAUGUUUUUCUGUCACUCAUGUUUUCUUUAUACAAUGAUUAUAUUACUUCCCGGUAAAUCAAACAGGUGAUUAUAACUGAUUUUAAAAAAGAACAUUCUUAAAAAUUGAUCCACCUAUUUGUCAAAAUUAUUAAUCGUAUUUACUUGGUCGUCCACUUAUUUUAUUCUUUAUCGUUUUUUAUUUAAGCCCUGGACUUAUUGCUAUGUGUAUUGACCAUUCCUUGAAGGCGCUGCUUUCCAAAAUUUGCACGAGAUGCGCAUCAUUGAUAGGAAACAAUGCCUGAAAGGAAUGGUCAUUCUACAAUGCAGUGAGUCUUGGGCUGAAAUUCUUUUCACAUAUUGCAAAAUAUUUUCUACUGUGCCACGAAAUCAGUAAAAAAGAACAUAUUUUCACUGAAACUUUGCAAUGAUCAAGUUGGUAAAGCAUCAAUUCAAAAGUGAAGAUACCUUGACAACCACAUAAGGAGUGACCUUGGAUGCGUGAUUGGUGACAUAAUACAUAGCAGUAAUAUGAAACACUCUGGAAUCGGACACACCUUGCCUAGCCAUGUGUGAAUCAUUAAUUAUGUACUCGCAUUUAUCAUUAAACUGUUCAAAGAUGUAUUGUAGAUUUCAUGCAUAUAAUACUACCCACAUAAUGCGACAAGUUAAAAAUGAGAUAAUUAUCUAUGUUCAUGUUUAACAUAUUUUGCACAUAAAUACAU